GCUGACUCCCAGGGACGGGGGAGCCUGGUUGGCUGCCGUCUAUGGGGUCGCACAGAGUCGGACACGUGACUUAGCAGUAGCAGCAGCAGGAGAUGGUGCUGCAAACUUUUCUUCCACCACAAGAAUCUGUUGAUGCUCCAGCUUCUAAAAUGAUUCUUACAAGGAAAUUAAACCAGCAGUCUCUUGGAUGGAGGCAGCCACAAUGCCACUGGUCUCAUGGUGUGGAUCCAUUGAACCCAACUGGAGUUGGGCCACUUCUCCCUCCCUCCCACACACCAUGACACCUGCUGGCCCACUAGUCAUACAGAGCUCUGGACUUGCACCUUGUGCUGGCUCAACUGGGCUAAGUGGAAGUUAAAAGUGGUGUUUGCACAAUGAUACCUCAUUAGUCCCAGUGGGUUUUGACUUAAAGUCAUUCAGAGCAGAUUGGAAGCUGAUUUUGGUUGUUUUUGUUUUGUUUUUAAUAGACCAUAGAGGGUGAAGUGGGUAUAUAUCUCCAGCCCCUUUUACAUGCCUUUUCUUGCUGUGCAGAAACUGUUUGGAUAAUACAGAUCUGUAAUUCUGCAGAAAACCUGGCAUAUGGGCGGAAUGUGCUGGCCUGGAAACCAGCCUUGCAGAUCAAGCAUGGCAAGGCUCAGGGUCUUCAUGCCUCUGGGAAUGCAAGGGGCCUUCCCAGGACCUGAGUUUCAUCUCCCUUUUUUUCUGCAAAACUGACAGAUAAAAAAGCUAGAUGUAAAUCAGAGCUAAGCUAGAAGGUGAUUAGGUAUUUUACAGGGUGAUUUUUAGGUUUUUAAAAGGUUUUAUCAUGAGAUUAAUUCCUUUGGUUAUCUUAAUAGGUAUCUGAAAUUAAACAUUUUGUUAGCUUUACAAGCCCAUGGCUAUUGGGUAAAUCAGGUUACUUCCUCCCUCCUCCCAUCCCUAAGUGCAAUUCCUAAGUGCAAUUCCCUAAGUCAUAAUGCUAUAAUGCUAUCCUGACGUUUGUGCCUGGAAAAUUUUUGACUUCUGGAAGGGUGGAAGGGGGCUCUCUUACAGUUAGGAGGGGGUUGGGGCACGUGCUAUGCCUACACGUGGUCACCGCUGGUGAGCAGAAGGGCCUGGAAGCCAGGAGGCAUUUUAGCAGAUCCAGGACACCUGGGAGCCAGAGCAAGGACAAGCACGCCUGAGUUUUCCUCUCGUCCCUUGGGCAGCCCUGCAGGAACCUCUUGCAUUCUGAAUUCAAGGACUGAGUAGCAGAUAUCAGACAUCUUCAGUCAUUCUGCCAUAGAGUCUUGCUGUCCAAAAGUGAGGGCAGAAUUUCAGCUGGGGGCUUGUAAAUACAGAAUCUCACCCUACCUAUAUGGGUAGUAUUUAACAAGGUCUUCAGUGACUCCUGUGUGCUGGUGGAAAAUCACUGAUAUCAAGAAUAUCAAAAGGAGGAACUUCCCUGAUGGUCCAGUAGUUAAGAGUCUGAGCUCCCAAUGCAGGGGGCUACAGGUUCAAUCCCUGGUUGGGGAUCUAAGAUUCCCCAUGCCACAUAGCAUGGACAAAAAAUAAAAAGAAUAUUAAAAAGAAAAAGAGCGGAAAUUUUCAGGGCCUGGAGAAGAGGAUCCCACUGACCUCCCCUGGGUCUACGAAGAAGUUCUGACUGGUGUAGAGCCAGAAAUUUGUUCUAAAGGCUCAGAGUUCUCUCUCCGAAUUGGGAGGAUAAUUUUACAUUAGGGUAGUUCUGGAUUUUCCUUGGGCUUAAAAACAACUCAUAUAUCCAAAAGAUAUUAAACAAUAGGUUCUGCUCCAAACUUCCAUAAUCAAAUUCCUCGUAAAUGUCUGUGUCUCACAGCCUUGAUUGAAAAGGGACGUGGUGGUGAGAGAGGAAGGUGCCCACCUAAGCCUUGGGUCCAGCCAAAGCUGGAAAAAGAAGCACCACUCACUGCUGUUUUGAUUUUACUUCCUGUCCUGCCCUGUGGCCCAUCAGUGCCAAGGUUCUCCAUUCCCACCAACCCUGGGGUAGUUAGUGCUUGCCCUACCUCCACCCUUGCCCCUGCCUGUUUUUUGCCUCUAGUGUGGCAAACAGUUUCCUGACCCCAGAGAAUUUUUCUAAAGGUCAUUGUUCCAAAGUCUGUCCAUCCAUCUGUCAUCUGUUCAUCCAUAUGGAAUUGAUUUCUUUUAUUCUCUGGUCGUUUCAUCUUACCAUAUCAUCCUUAGAACUGGAUUGUCUCUGAGUGGUUGCUUGUUGAAGCCAUUGCUAUAUGUUAGGAAGAGAAUGUUCAUUUAGAAUCAUCAUGUCUGAGAGUCUGCCGUGUUAACAGUCUUGCUCCAGGUGAGACUUUGCAUCCAUGCUGCUUAUACCUUGUAGGAAUCCAGCCUGUAGGUGGUUUUUCUUCAUCUUUAGGUGAGAAACCUGCCACUCUGCUGGGUCAUCCCGUGGCUACAAGGCUGUGUGGUUACAGAGUCUGUGCUUCCCCCUUCUCUAGCUUGGCGGGAGCUGAGGUACCCUGUCACACAGAAGUGGACCCAGCGCUGGGACUUGUGCACUCUGCCCGGCUUUGUGCGUGGGGAUUGCCUGGGCUAGCUCAGAAUUGCAUCACUGGUGAUGAACUGGUAGAGCAUGUGGGCAGGGUUGUUCAUUAAUCUGUCAUAAAUCAGAAGUUAGAGGGCAGAGAAGACCUUUCACCCACUCUGCUGAUCCUGUCUACUUAAUAACUGAAGGCUGCCCUGCUUUCUGUUUGGCAAAGGAUUUGCCACACGACUGGGGGUGCUGUCCAUCCUGCGCAUGGCAGAGAUCCUGUUCUCUACCACAAAUGGGGAACCUUCCUUAAAACUUUAGGAACAGUAGCAUUUGGGUGGAAAGGCCCUUCACUCACUGCAACUGUCCUUAGGAACCCUUACCCCGAGGUCUGCCGCGAUGCCCGUUGCGGUGGAGGACAUCAUGAAGUUGCUGUGCUCCAUCUCUGAGGAGAGGAAGAUGAAGGCGGCCGUCAAGCACUCCGGGAGGGGCGCCCUAGUCACCGGGGCCGUGGCCUUCGUUGGUGGCUUGGUGGGCGGCCCACCAGGACUAGCCGUUGGGGGGGCCGUCGGGGGUCUGUUAGGCGCAUGGAUGACGAGUGGACAGUUUAAGCCAGUUCCUCAGAUCCUAAUGGAGCUACCGCCUGCCGAGCAGCAGAAGCUCUUUAACGAAGCCACUGCCAUCAUCAGGCACCUGGAGUGGACGGACGCCGUGCAGCUGACCAUGCUGGUCAUGGGCAGUGAGGCCCUGCAGAAGCAACUGCUGGCGAUGCUGGCCAACUACGUCACCAGGGAACUGCGGGCGGAAGUGCAGUACGACGACUAGGCCUCUGCCCUGGGAAGGGGGGUCUCUUUGGAUGAGUCCCCCGACUCGUGGGAGGUGACCGGGGAGCUACGGGAAGCCCGCAUCAUCAGAAUGUCACCUAAACUGCAGCAGCACCUCCUGCUGAAGAGGCUGCUGCUGUGCUAGGUCACGUUGUGGAAAUUAUUGGAGAAGAUGCUGCGCUUUGUGGCCGUGUGCACCUGUGCGUCCUGACAGCCUUUGAAGGGGAGGCUGGUGAAUAGCAAAGCUGUGCCUGCUGCCGUGGGGUGGCAGUUUUUUGAAUCCACACUUGCUCACACAUGAGCCAGAAGAAGGUCAUCACCUUCAGUCUCUCAUCUCAUCACAAGAAGAUGAUGCCUGUCCAGGCACCCAUUUCAGGACCUCCCCCCCACCCCCCGCACCCUGCCUCUUGGGACCUGGGGGGCUGGCCCCUGUUGGAAUCCUGUUUGCCUCUUGAUUAUCCAUUCACCACCCAGUGACUUCUGAGUGGCCUCAGGGAGGGGGCAGUCGGCCUGCUGAGUGAAGCCAAGAACGCCAGUGGCACUCAGUUCCUCCCCCACUAGCUGCCAGACUGGCUUCUCACCCUCCUGGGGGACUGGCUUCUCACCCUCCCGGGGGGCUUGCUUUCCCCAUCUGAACAGUCACAGUAGUUCUUGUGUUCUGCUUUUUAAAUUAAAUAUUUUCAGGAAAAGUAUUUCUCUUUCUGAAGUGGUAGGAUCAUAAACUUACCUAGACACAGGAAAUGUCUCCAUCCUAAAUUUCCCUAAUACUGUUUUUGCUUUGCUUUCAGCACCACAACUUGACUGUCAUCAGAUUGCAGUAAAUGUUUUCUGAAUAGUCCUUUUCUCCACCUAUUUUGUGUAAAGGGUCUCUAAGAUUCAAAGUCGUGUGCUUGGAAUGCAAGGAAGAGAACGGAUUUGUGGCUUUAAAGAGUGAAUGAAAGCUGUGGAUUCCUGGGCCCGACAUCUGAGCCUCCAGGCUGCUGUGGUUCCCUGUGCUACCAGUGUGUGCACGCUGCCCGGGCCUCCCCUGGCAACCACAGGCAUCUCCUGGCUCUCUCCAGGGGGCUGGGAGGAAGCUUCACUGGCCUCCCUGGGAUACAGCAGAAGGCACUCAUGUGGAGCAGAGAUAGUAUCCCACACCUUCUUGUGGGUCAAGAAAACUUCAGGGCAAAUUUGAACCCUUGGUGAUUAAGGAAGGAUCAGGCUGUUAUCUCAGAAAAGUUGCUCUUUGUCUGGCCUCAUCUAUUACUCAUCAGGUGCCCUUCACAGGUCAAAUGCCUGGGGUUGAUGAGGCCACUUGGUCGUUUGCCCUGCUUGGGUUGAUGAGGGAGCAGGGCAGGGCCCUUUUAGAUGAUUCUCCUGACUCAUAGAAGGUGACUGCGGAGCUUGGGGGCAUCUCAUUGCUUGUGUUGGGUCCUACUCUGCCAGGCUCAGGGGACACAGGUGGUCCCAGCUUAAAGGUUCUACACGUGUCCACUGGAUCCCUCCCCUGGCCUGCCUGCCUUUACCCCCGGGGAAGCCACUCUGGGGAGAUGGCCUGAUUCCCAACCAGAGGUGUCAGAUGAAGCAGGCCUUACAGAAUGAAGUCACUGGCCUAGCCAGGUCCUGGGUGACUUGUGGUGGACUCGGGGCCCAAGAGGAGUCCAGACCUUGAGUCUCAUCUCUCCCAGGAGCUGAAAGCACUUUCCUUGCUUUCCUUUCAUGCUCUCCUCACAGUGACUGUGGCUUAGUAUUUCUUCAUCUUCUUUGACAAUUUUUGACUUAUUUAUUUUUGAAACUUGGAAGACACCAGAAAGUAUAAAUGGAAAAUGAAGGCAUCCUCCUCUGCUGCCUGCUGCUCCAGCCCCUUUCCAGAUGCAGCCACUUACCAAUUUCUUCUGUAUUCCUGUUUUUAGAUAGUCUUUUGUGUGUCAGUGUUUAUUGCUGAAAACAGAAAGAUCCAGAAAAGUACAAUGAAAUAAAAACCAUUAAAUGAUCACCACCCCAAUAAAACCUACUGUUAACACAUUUGGCAUACUUUGUGCAAACUUUUUAAUGGUAUGUAUGUUUCUAACCUAUUUUCAUCUUUACUGUUUAGACCCUUUGAACACUUUUACCAAUUAACAUUAAAUAACACCUGUGAUGUAAUUUGAACUCCCUUGUGAACGUAUGUAAUGGUUUUAUAAUAUUCCUUUGCAUAAACCAUA